AUGCCUUCCUCAAUUUUUCCAAGAUACCCGACUCCUUAUCCUUCACUUUUACCAAAAAUAACCCCAUAUCCCCUCACUCACUCUUCAAGAAAGCUCUCAGUCUCAGUAUUUUCAAAGCCCUCUGAGGCAGAAGAAGAGCUCUCAGCCCCGGAGGACGAGUGGCUGAAGAGGUUACCGGACAAGAGGAAGCCUCUGUACUCUCACAGCCUCCCUUGCAUUGAGGCCUGGCUUAGGAACUUGGGGUUUUGCCAGAGCAAAGAGGACCGGGCCGUUUGGCUGGUUGAGAAGCCAGAGUGGCAGGCCCAGCUCUCACUCGACGUCACCGAUCUCUAUGUAAGGUAUCUAAAGACCGGACCAGGUAAUCUUGAAAAGGAUGUGGAGAGGAGAUUUAGUUAUGCACUGAGCAGAGAGGACAUCGAGAAUGCAGUGCUUGGAGGACCUUGA